AUGGCAUUGAAGAGACCGAGAGAUACUCGUUGGAGUUCUCAUUAUGGUACGCUUAUUAACUUGAUGCAUUUAUUUCCUUUUAUCAUUGAUGUUCUUAAGUAUAUUGGAGAAAAUGGUAGUGAUGAUCCACAAAUGGCUGAAGCAAUUGAUUUGCCAGAUAUUAUGAAUCGAUUUGAAUUUGUCUUUGUAUUGCAUCUUAUGAAAAAGAUUUUGGGAAUCAUAUAUGAGUUAUCACAAGUUUUACAGAGGAAGGAUCAAGGUAUUUUAAAUGCUAUGAAUCUGAAUGUCUAUGUGGCUAAAGGGAGAUCAAGGCAUGGAAGUGAAGAAAUGAUAAAUCUUCAUCAUUAUCGUGUUGAGUUGUUUUAUUCUGUGAUUGAUAUGCAGUUUUAA